ACUGCCGGCUAGGGGAGGGCGCGGCGGUGGCAGCGGGAGUCCGCGGGAGGGAGAGGCGCUGAGAGCCCCGAGCCGGCACCAUGAACCGCUUCAAGGCGUCUCGGUUCCGGCAUGCGGUGGCCAAGCCGGUCCGCAAGGAGGCCUGGAUCAGGGAUGUCCGAGCCGGCUCCACCAUCUCCUGUGGGAACCAUAUCAAGUCCAGCUGCCACUUGAUAGCGUUUAAUGCUGACUCGGCAGGCGUGUUGGGCAUCGUGCCGCUGGAGAGCUGGGAUGGAAGGAAGAGGGCUGUGUCCCAGCUGUGCUGCCAUUCAGACGUGGUGACGGACUUUGACUUUUCUCCGUUCGACGCGCUCCUGCUGGCGACAGGCUCCGCUGAUGAAACCGUGAAGGUGUGGCGCCUGUCUGAGAGCGGCCAGGACCUGCCCUCCUGCCCUGGAGUGACCCUGGGGCCGGCAGGGUGCCAGGUGGAGACACUCCAGUUCCACCCGACAGCAGAUGGCGUACUGGUGAGCGGAGCUGGGAGAACGGCAAAGGUCUGGGAUGUGGCCCAGCAGAAACCCCUGACAGCACUGGAACCUCACGGUGACCUGAUCCAGAGUGUGUCCUGGAAACAAGAUGGCUCCCUCCUCGGCACCUCCUCUAAGGAUAAGAAGCUGCGGAUCUUUGACCCAAGGACCAAGCCAGCUGCAGCCCAGAGCAUCCAGGGUCACGAAAACAACAAGGAUUCCAGGCUGCUCUGGAUGAACGCCAGCGAUUACGUCCUCUCCGUAGGAUUCAGCCAGAUGAGGGAGCGUGAGGUGAAGCUGUGGGACACACGGCGAUUCAGCAGCUCGCUCGUCUCCUUCGCACUGGACACCUCCUCAGGGGCAGCGAUCCCACUCUUGGACCCCGACACCGGGCUCUUGGUGGUGGCUGGAAAGGGUGAAAAUCUCCUCUACUGCUUUGAAGUGUGCCCCUCGCUGCCAGCCCUGACACAGGUGACCCAGUGUCUGACAGAGGGCAAGGCCAAGGGCGCCGCCCUGGUGCCAAAGCAGGCGCUGGACGUCAUGUCCUGCGAGGUGCUCAGAGUCCUGCAGCUGACGGACAGCUUCAUUGUUCCCAUCAGCUACACGGUGCCCCGCAAGUCCUUGCAGGAGUUCCACGAAGAUCUGUUCCCGGACUCCACUGGGCCCGUCCCUGCGGUGUCAGCGCAGGGCUGGUGGGCAGGAGACAACAAGCAGGUGGAGAAGAUGAGCCUGAACCCUGCCCGCAGGCCCCGGGAGACCUUCACCUCCUGCCUGUGUCCCCCUGCCCGGCGUGAGGAGCCUGCACCACCCGCCGCCCAGCAGCCCGCCGCCCGCUCUGGGGACGUGGACAGAAGCGAGGGCAGCGGCCUCUCGUCUCCCCUCAGCUCCCUGAGCUCUCCCUCCAGCUCAGCCCCAUCUCUCUCCACCACCAGCCCCAGUCCCAGUCAGAAGUCCCUGCAGAGCAUUCUGGGGCCCAGCUCCAAGUUCCGUCACACCCUGGGUACGGUGCUGCCCCGCGGCACCCACAUCACCAACCUCAAGGGGCUGAACCUUACCACACCAGGAGAGAGUGACGGCGUCUGCGCCAACCGGCUGCGCGUCGCCGUCCCGCUGCUGUCAGCAGGCGGGCAGAUCGCCGUGCUGGAGCUCUCCAAGCCGGGCCGGCUCCCCGACACAUCCGUGCCCACCAUCGAGAAUGGGACGCCGGUCGCAGACUUCUGCUGGGACCCCUUCGACCUGCAGCGCCUCGCAGUCGCGGGCGACGAUGCCAAGAUCCGCCUGUGGCGAAUCCCCCCUGGAGGGCUGCAGGAGACGCUGCUGGAGCCUGAGGCCGUGCUCAGAGGUCACACGGAGAAGAUCUACUCCCUCAAAUUCCACCCCCUGGCUGCAGACAUACUGGCCUCCUCCUCCUACGACAUGAGCGUGCGGAUCUGGGACCUGCAGGCGGGCAGGGAGGAGCUGUGCCUGAGGGGGCACCGAGACCAGAUCUUCAGCCUGGCUUGGAGUCCGGAUGGCCGGAAGCUGGCCACAGUCAGCAAGGAUGGCAGAUUGCGGGUCUAUGUGCCCCGCCAGUCCCCGGAGCCCGAGCAGGAAGGCCCCGGCCCCGAGGGCGGGCGAGGUGCGCGGCUGGUCUGGGUCUGUGGUGGCCGCUACCUGCUGGUGUCUGGCUUCGACAGCCGCAGCGAGCGCCAGCUGUAUCUGUCUGACACAGCGUCCCUGGCAGCCGGGCCCCUGGCAGUGGUGAGCAUCGACACGGCUCCCUCCACCCUCAUCCCCUUCUACGACCCAGACACCAGCGUGGUCUUCCUCACGGGCAAGGGUGACACGAGAGUCUUUGUCUACGAGCUGGUCUCCGAGGCACCCUUCUUCCUGGAGUGCAACAGCUUCGCCUCCAGCGACCCUCACAAGGGCUUCGUGUUCCUGCCCAAGACGGAAUGCGAUGUGCGAGAGGUGGAGUUUGCCAGGGCUCUGCGCUUGAGGCAGAGCUCCAUCGAGCCGGUUGCCUUCAGGGUCCCCCGAGUCAAGAAGGACUAUUUCCAGGACGACAUCUACCCAGCCACCGCAGUAUGCUGGGAGCCGGCCCUCCGUGCCGCGGCCUGGCGCGCAGGAACUGAUGGGCAGCACCGCACCAUCAGCCUGCAGCCCCAGGACAUGACGCCAGUGAGCGCGGCCCCGCAGGAUGUGCCGACCCGAAAGUAUGUCCCAGCCUCGGUCUACCUGGAGGAGAAGUCUGAUGAGCAGAAGAAGGAGGAGCUGCUGAGUGCAAUGGUGGCCAAGUUGGGUAACCGGGACGACCCCCUGCCGCAGGAAUCCUUCGAAGGGGUGGAUGAAGCGGAAUGGGACUAGCCCUGGAAGGGCGACUCCUGUCUCCUGGGACCGCAAUCUCCUCCGUGCCAAUGAUGCUGGCUCCCUGCCUGGCCUUCGCAGCCCCCACGCUGAGGCCUUGCUUUUUGCUGGACUGUGCCCACACCCCAGGGCUUCGCCGCUCCCCAGUCCAGCCCCGAUCUCCCUGGAGGGGCUUAGGCUCAGCCCCGGCCCUUUCCCAAAGAGCCCGGGAAGCCAGCUCUGUGCCGGGCUCUGCCUUGUUACCUAAGGUCUAACGGACUGAGUGAGCCAGAUCCUGCCAGCUUUGCCAGGCUGCACCCUCCUCUCCAUGUGGGAUCUGGCAGGGCUACGGACGCUCCGCUGUGCUGCCAGGCCGGGGCUGGCCAUGCUGCCCGCGGCUUUGGCCAGGAGUUUAUACCCUCUGCCUGUUGGACCAGCAGGCUCCUCCGGGCACCUCAAACCACCCACCCUCGGGCAGAGCUGCUCGCCGGUUGGCUGACAUUCAUGUUGUGCUUGGGCCCCAGCCAAUGGCAUGGUGGUGGUAACCACCGUGGGCAGGGACAGAGCCACCCGGGGGCUGCAAGGCUGGGGAAGGAGAGGGCCGUGGGGAGCUGGGGGUGCCACUGUGGGGUCUGGGCCUCCCAGCCUGGCCUUUCAUAGCCGCCAGCCCUUCCUGUUCUGUCAACACAAUCUCUUCAGCCCGACUGAGCACGGCUCCCAAGCAAGGGCGCAGCCUGCAGCGCCUCCUUCAGGCCAGCCCUGCUCACAAUGCACGGGGUUUUAGGGGUCUGACACCCAGGGCAGCAGGUGCCUUGAACACCUCCACAAGUCUACCCCGGAGCGCUUGCACGUGCCUCAUGCUGCUGAAUCGGGGUCUUCUUUCAGGCUGCGGGGAGCAAGGGCCGGAGGCUGGAAUGACCGCGGCACAACGUACACCAAGUGCCUUCUCUGUGUCAGGCUGUCGCCCCGGCUGCCCCUGGCUCGCUGGCACCUGUCGAUCCAGUGCAGGGGCCUGGCCUGGGAUUGUUCUUCAGUUCAGAUCUGAAGGCGGAGUCUCACUUGUUCUGUUUCCCAUCGGGCAGACGUUCAAAGCACAAGCCUCCCCAAGAGGGGCACCACACCCUGGCCUCGAGGGCUGCCUGUCCGGAGGGUGGGCAGGAGUCGCUGGUGGGUAGCCUUGGCAGAGAGCAGGGAUGGAACAGGCCUGGAGCUCAGCACUGCGGUUCAGCUGCACCCUGAGAAAUCAGGAACCCAAGGGUGCCCGGCCUGUGUGGCACUUCCAGCCCACACCCGGGCCCAGCCCCACUGGAGCUGCCACUGCAACCCCACUGCCACGCCUCCAGAGCCUCCCCUCUACCCCAGGCUGGGCUUGGGGCACAGGCUGCUGUUGCAGGUGGGCAUUGUCCCCUUGGUUUCAACUCAGACUCACAUCCCAGGCACUAUUGCUGAUUUCCCUCUGACCCUGGCGUUUAGUGCAGCUCGGGCGGGCGGUACCCGGAGAUACUUGCCCUGCUUCUUGUAGGGUACCCAGUCUGGACACCUCCAGGCUCUAGGGCUGCCAGGCUGGUAUCCUUCCCCAGCAUUACAUUCACUCUGCGCAAUAUUUCACCAGCAGUGUGAGCCUUUAGUUCACCUAGGCGGUGUCUAGCAGAGAGCGUGUGAUGUCGCCCGGUAUGUGACCUGCCUGGGCGGUGGGAGAAUGUUCUCUUGGGGGGGAGAGAGCAGAGCUGGAGCCAGAGAGCUGAGCUACCCCGAGCCAAGGCCCACAGCUGUCAAGCCCUUCCUGGAGGGCCUGGCACCGCGAGGGGCACUGCCUUGCCAACAAGCCCAAGUGCCAGAUCAGGGCCGGGGCUGUGCUUUGUACGGCACAGGAAUCUGGGAGUGGGGACUCAGUGGGUGCCCACUGGAAGAGGACAAAUGCCAGCAACGCAGCGGUGGGGAGGGGGCUUCUGAAACGGCGUCGCGAGUUUUAAUAAAAAACAGUACUUUAAAAAAA